AGCUUGUUCCGCGAGCUUGACGGUGGCUGGAAAAGGACCAGAUGGAAUUCUGCGCUGCCUUCUUAACAGAUUCCCCACAUUUUAAAUUGGACCGUAGACAUUUUCCACUGACUCCCGUGUCGCCGGACAGCUCUGGCGUGAGCAGCGACACUCAGCUGGGAGGCUCGGCUACCUUGUGACUCGGGACAGAAGCGGCCAAGCGACAGAAAGAGAGUCUAGAAAAUCUCUUCCCGCUGUCCUAAGGCAAGUGUGUGUGUCCAUCCACCAUGCCGCUGUUUGGUAAAUCCCAUAAGAGUCCAGCAGACAUCGUCAGGACCCUGAAGGAAAACCUGGCCAUCCUGGUCAAACAGGACAAGAAGACUGACAAGGCGUCUGAAGAGGUGUCAAAGUGCUUGGUGUCGAUGAAGGAGAUCCUGUACGGGAGCAACGACAAGGAACCUCACACUGAGACGGUGGCCCAGUUGGCCCAGGAGCUCUACAACAGUGGCCUGCUGAUAUCACUGGUAGAAAACCUGCAGGUCAUAGACUUUGAGGGGAAGAAGGAUGUGUGUCAGAUCUUUAACAACAUCUUGAGGAGGCAGAUUGGGACAAGGAGCCCCACCGUCGAAUACUUCUGUUCCCAUCAAGAAGUCCUCUUUAUACUGCUGAAGGGGUACGAGACACCCCAGGUAGCGUUGAACUGUGGGAUCAUGCUGAGGGAGUGUAUCCGCCACGAGCCGCUGGCCAAGGUGGUUCUUCACUCGGAGCAUUUCCACAGCUUCUUCAACUACGUGGAGAUGUCCACCUUCGACAUCGCCUCCGACGCCUUCGCCACCUUCAAGGAUCUUCUGACAAGACACAAAGUGCUGGUGGCUGAAUACCUAGAACAGAACUAUGAUGCUGUGUUUGCAGAUUAUGAGAAGCUGCUGCACUCUGAGAACUACGUCACCAAGAGGCAGUCACUAAAGCUUCUGGGGGAGCUGCUGCUGGACCGACAUAACUUCACGGUGAUGACGCGCUACAUCAGCAAGCCCGAGAACCUCAAGCUGAUGAUGAACCUCCUGAGGGACAAGAGUCCCAACAUCCAGUUUGAGGCGUUCCACGUCUUCAAGGUGUUUGUGGCGAACCCCAACAAAACGCAGCCCAUCAUCGACAUCCUGCUCAAGAACCAGACCAAACUAAUCGAGUUCCUGAGCAACUUCCAGAAGGAUCGCACGGACGACGAGCAGUUCAACGACGAGAAGACCUACCUAAUCAAACAGAUCAGGGAUCUGAAGAAGCCGGCCUCCUAGAAGAGCGUCCCUCCUCCUGCCCUCAACCCUAACUUUUUAUUGAUAGGAAGUCAUAGAAAAAAAAAAAAAACGCAUUAACAAUAAUGGUUAUUCUAUUUAAAAAAAAAAAUCUUCAAGACAUUAUUUGUCUUUU